CGUCACAACAGGCACAACCCUUCGCGCCCGCCCGCCCGCCCCCCCUUCAUUCUCCUCAUCUCGUGUGUCGUGCCCGUCGAGCCUGCGCGUGUACGCUCUGCUCUGUACGCACAAAGGGCUCGCACGUGUGCAACACAUCCCAAACGCUCAAGCCGGGGGACGCGACGGGAUCAGCGUGCGACACCAGAGUGGGUGGGCAGGCACCCAGGCGCGCAAGCAUGUUGACGCAUACGAGGCACUACUUGUCCAAUACCAGAAAGAACCCACGCUCUCCUCUUCAUCCUCCAUGCUUUCGCAAACCCUGAGCCGGAUUGGCCUAGGGCGCCAAUGCAGCAUCCUGCCCCGCCGGGCUGUCGUGAGCACGCCUCGGACCGCGUUCCUCCUCCGCCUCCUCCGGCCCUCGUACCCUCGGCCUUGUUUCUGCCUGCCCGCCGCUCGCCGUCUUUAUAGCCCCGACCGGCCGUCUUCUUCAUCUCCGCGUCCUUCUCCCAUACCGGCCAAGCCGACGCCAAAGCCCCCUUCUCGAGAUGCACCCGACUCUCAGCCCAGAGUCGUAAGCCUUGCCGACGCCAAGGGCGAUGUGCUCCAUGAAGAUAUAUACACGAUCCCGAAUUUCUUGACGCUCACACGGCUCAUCGCUGCCCCUGUCAUUGGCUAUCUGGUCCUGCAUGAUACACAUGCCUGGGCGGUAGGCCUCUUUGCUUAUGCCGGCGUCACCGACCUGCUUGAUGGUUGGAUUGCGAGGCGCUGGAAUCGCAAAACCGUUGUCGGAACUGUCAUCGACCCCAUGGCCGACAAAGCCCUGAUGACCAUUUUGACUGUCUGCCUCGCCGUAAAGGGUGCCUUGCCCCGUACGUAUCAGGCGCCCUCCUCCAGCCUUUCACGCCGGCUGCGAGCUUGCCGCAGUCGGCAAGGAGGCAUGCAAAGCGUCAUGAGUCGCCCCGGCUAACAUUUGAGUGACGCAAGUUUGGGUGGCGACCAUCAUCUUAGGAAGAGACGUUGGGCUCGGUGUAGCUGCCAUCUACUAUCGUUGGAUUUCGUUGCCUCCGCCCAAGACCUUUGCUCGCUACUGGGACUUCUCCUUACCGUCCGCUGAGGUGCGUCCAACCACCAUCAGCAAGUACAACACCUUUCUUCAGUUGGCGCUUGUCGGUUUGACGACCGCCGCACCCCUUGUCAGUGCCGACAUGACGCCAGCCCUCACGCUGCUGCAGUACGUCGUGGCCGCAACCACGGCAUGGAGCGGCGCAAGCUACGUCUACAGCAAAGACGCGGUGAAGAUUCUGAAAUAAUCCAGGGUCAGUGUUUAUGCGACCAUACACCUCAACAUUUGCCCAACUCUCCGGCCGUCGGUGUUUGUAUAUGCGUCCGCCUCGUUUCAUUCAGGCGUGCCUCGGCCGUCGGGCACGAUGGCAAGUCGAGGCGCGGUCGGCAGAUGCGAUCCAGCCUCGUAGCAGGAGGCUCGUCAUGACGCAGAAAGGGUGUUCUCAUUUAUGUACGUACAUGUGCAUAGUGUCUAUAAAUGAAGAUGCUAUAUAUAUCCGG